GGUGAUUGACAAGACAAUAGAACGAUAUCAAACAGCUUUGAAGACCCCAACAAUUGGCCCAGCCAAAGGCUUAGAUGCAAAUAUGCAGAAUUUGAAAGAUGAGACAGCUGAUCUACGCAAAAAGAUUGAGCUCCUUGAAGUGUCCGAAAGAAUGCUCAUGGGAGAGAGUUUAGAUUCUUGUUCGAAAGAGGAACUACAACAGCUCGAACAACAAUUGGAACAAAGUUUGAAAAACAUCAGGGCAAGAAAGAUCAAACUGUUCGAAGAGCAGAUUGAUCACCUGAAGCAACAGGAAGAGCACCUGAUGAAAGAAAAUGCAGAACUAAAGAAAAGGGUGGACAGUGAACAACACAGUAUCAAUUUUAUUAAUUUUGUUUAA